GGCCCGCGCGCUCCGGGCUCCGGCUUCUCCCGGCUCCUGUCAGUGCGGUGACUGCGCUGGGAAACAUGGCGACCGAGGGAAUGAUCCUCACUAACCACGACCAUCAGAUCCGUGUCGGAGUCCUCACAGUGAGUGAUAGUUGCUUCAGGAAUCUUGCAGAAGAUCGCAGUGGGAUAAAUCUCAAAGAUCUCGUACAAGAUCCUUCUUUGUUGGGUGGGACUAUAUCAGCAUACAAGAUAGUACCAGAUGAAAUAGAAGAAAUCAAGGAAACCCUGAUAGAUUGGUGUGAUGAGAAGGAACUUAAUUUGAUAUUAACAACUGGAGGAACAGGGUUUGCACCACGAGAUGUCACUCCAGAGGCUACAAAAGAAGUAAUAGAACGGGAAGCGCCAGGGAUGGCCCUGGCAAUGCUGAUGGGAUCACUUAAUGUUACACCUCUGGGCAUGCUCUCUAGGCCUGUAUGUGGAAUCAGAGGGAAAACUCUCAUAAUUAACCUGCCAGGUAGCAAGAAAGGAUCUCAGGAAUGCUUUCAGUUUAUACUGCCAGCUCUACCUCAUGCCAUUGACCUUUUACGUGAUGCCAUUGUAAAAGUAAAGGAAGUGCAUGAUGAACUUGAAGAUUUACCUUCCCCACCACCACCUCUUUCCCCUCCUCCCACAACUAGCCCCCAUAAACAGACAGAAGACAAAGGGGUUCAGUGUGAGGAAGAGGAAGAAGAGAAGAAAGACAGUGGUGUUGCUUCAACAGAAGACAGUUCUUCAUCACAUAUAACUGCAGCAGCCAUUGCUGCCAAGAAGCAUCCAUUCUACACCAGUCCAGCUGUUAUCAUGGCACACGGUGAGCAGCCCAUUCCUGGUCUCAUCAAUUAUUCCCAUCAUGCAACAGGCAGUGCAGAUGAACGGAUUCCAGACUCCAUCAUUUCUCGUGGUGUUCAGGUGCUCCCACGAGACACAGCUUCCCUCAGCACUACUCCUUCAGAAUCGCCUCGUGCUCAGGCUACAUCUCGUCUUUCUACAGCUUCCUGCCCAACACCAAAAGUCCAGUCCAGGUGCAGCAGCAAGGAGAACAUUCUCAGAGCCAGUCACAGUGCUGUUGAUAUCACCAAGGUGGCUAGAAGACACCGCAUGUCUCCGUUUCCUCUAACAUCUAUGGACAAAGCCUUCAUCACAGUUCUGGAGAUGACUCCGGUGCUUGGGACAGAAAUCAUCAACUACCGAGAUGGAAUGGGGCGAGUCCUUGCUCAAGAUGUAUAUGCAAAAGACAACCUACCCCCCUUUCCAGCAUCUGUAAAAGAUGGCUAUGCUGUCCGAGCUGCCGAUGGCCCAGGAGAUCGUUUCAUCAUUGGGGAAUCCCAAGCUGGUGAACAGCCAACUCAGACAGUAAUGCCAGGACAAGUCAUGCGGGUUACAACAGGUGCUCCAAUCCCCUGUGGUGCUGAUGCAGUAGUACAAGUGGAAGAUACUGAACUAAUCAGGGAAUCCGAUGAUGUACGUCAUCACCAGGGCACUGAGGAACUUGAAGUACGAAUUCUAGUGCAAGCUCGACCAGGCCAAGAUAUCAGACCCAUCGGCCAUGACAUUAAAAGAGGGGAAUGCGUUUUGGCCAAAGGAACCCAUAUGGGCCCCUCAGAGAUUGGUCUUCUGGCAACUGUGGGUGUCACAGAGGUUGAAGUUAAUAAGUUUCCAGUUGUUGCAGUCAUGUCAACAGGGAAUGAGCUGCUAAAUCCUGAAGAUGACCUCUUACCAGGAAAGAUUCGAGACAGCAAUCGUUCAACCCUCUUAGCAACAAUUCAGGAACAUGGUUACCCCACAAUCAACUUGGGAAUUGUGGGAGACAACCCAGAUGACUUACUCAAUGCCCUGAAUGAGGGUAUCAGUCGUGCUGAUGUCAUCAUCACAUCAGGGGGUGUAUCCAUGGGGGAAAAGGACUAUCUCAAGCAGGUGCUGGACAUUGAUCUUCAUGCUCAGAUCCAUUUUGGCAGGGUUUUUAUGAAACCAGGCCUACCAACAACAUUUGCAACUUUGGAUAUUGACGGUGUAAGAAAAAUAAUCUUUGCACUACCAGGGAAUCCUGUGUCAGCCGUGGUUACCUGCAAUCUCUUUGUUGUGCCUGCACUGAGAAAGAUGCAGGGCAUCUUGGAUCCUCGGCCAACCAUCAUCAAAGCCAGGUUAUCAUGUGACGUAAAACUGGAUCCUCGCCCAGAAUACCAUCGGUGUAUAUUGACAUGGCAUCACCAAGAACCACUGCCUUGGGCACAGAGUACAGGUAACCAGAUGAGCAGCCGUCUGAUGAGCAUGCGCAGUGCCAACGGAUUGUUGAUGCUACCUCCAAAGACAGAGCAGUAUGUGGAGCUCCAUAAGGGCGAGGUGGUGGAUGUCAUGGUCAUUGGACGGCUAUGAUGGUCACCAGAGAGAGAAAGCUUCGAUGCAUGUCCACAUAUCAUUGACUGUAUCCUGUAAUAUGCAACGGCACAGCUAGUUUUUCUGAUUUGGAUAAAAGUUGAUCUGUAUAGUCAACAUCUUGAACUAUAUUUCAAAAGAAUUUAAAUACCUUUUAAAGAAAAAACAUCUAAAAAUAAAUCUUAACAGACAAUUCUAUUCUGAUUAUAUCAAAGCAAAUUUUUCCUUUCUUGCAAAUUGCUUUGUGUGUUCAAUGCUAGGUCUGAUAGCGAUAGCUUUUAGUAGACAGCAGUAGGUGCCUGCAGAACUUGUGUUUUUCUCAUCUUUAAAAUACAACUAAUUAUGCUCUUAAUCAAGGCUGUCUGCUUAUUUAUACUAGCGUAGGCAACACUUAAAUUUCCCUUCUUAGUAUGCUUCAUAACCGCUUUUCAGAGAGCUUUUGCUUGUUCUUUAUCAUGUAUCUCGUGUUUAUGUGCACAGUGCCAAUUGAAGAGUGACUGGGUGGAGACCCUGCCUUGCCUCAGGGAGAACCCUCCCCUGCAGAGUGUCAGGUACCUCACCCCAGUAGCCUCAAGGCACAGUACUCUUGGGCAGUAACUGGAUACCUUUUAUUUGAAUAAACAAACUGGGGGAAAAAAUGCUUCCUUAAGUGCUGACAGCCUUUUUAACCAACACAUUUAAAAUUGUACAGAACAAAAAAUAAAAUCAAAGACUGAUCUUGUACAGAUAUUAGUGUUACCAGCAUUCACGUGGAAAUCAAGAGCAAAGAAAAAAUAAUGUUAAACAACUCUGUACCAUAACAUUUUCUGUAAUGAUACUGAAACUUAAUGAAUAAAAAAAAAAUCCUUGAUCAUUAUU